AUGGCAGAGAAGUCAGUACAGAAAGGGUUCCCUAACUUAGAAAGUUUGAAAUCUUCUAAAUUAAUUGUUACUAGAGAAAAAUGUGACGAGCCAUUGGUCUCAGGCCUAGCCCCUUCUUUCUUCAGCAGUUCAUCAUCUUUGCCAUCUGCAUCGAAUAGUUAUGCGCCAGGUUUUGCGAAGCUAAAUAAAAGAGGAGGGGCUGGAGGCUGGUGUCCAUCAGACAGUGACCAUUACCAGUGGCUGCAAGUGGAUUUUGGCAAUAGGAAACAGAUCAGCUCUAUUGCCACUCAAGGCAGAUACAGCAGUUCUGACUGGGUGACUCAGUACCGGAUGCUUUAUAGUGAUACUGGAAGAAACUGGAAGCCAUAUCACCAAGAUGGAAAUGUUUGGGCAUUUCCUGGAAAUAUAAAUUCAGACAGCGUGGUGCGGCAUGAAUUACAGCAUCCAGUUAUAGCACGCUAUGUACGGAUACUUCCUCUGGACUGGAGUGGAGAGGGUCAAAUCGGGCUGAGGAUCGAAGUCUAUGGUUGCCCUUACUGGGCUGAUGUUAUCAAUUUUGAUGGCCAUGUUGUAUUACCGUACAGAUUUGGUCAUAAGAAGAAAACACUGAAAACUCUGAAAGAUGUCAUCGCUCUGAAAUUUAAAACCUCUGAAAGUGAAGGUGUAAUCUUCCAUGGAGAAGGCCAGCAAGGAGACUAUAUCACCCUGGAACUGAAAAAAGCCAAACUGGUCCUUAAUUUAAAUUUAGGUAGCAACCAGCAUGGGUCAAUUUAUGGCCAUACAUCUGUGACAACAGGUAGCCUCUUGGAUGAUCACCAUUGGCAUUCUGUAGUGAUAGAGCGUCAUGGGAGGAACAUCAACCUCACACUUGAUAGACAUCUGCAACAUUUCCGGAUCAAUGGGGAAUUUGAUUACCUGGAUUUGGACUAUGAGAUAACGUUUGGUGGCAUGCCUUUUUCUGGAAAGCCAAGUUCAAACAGCAGAAAGAAUUUCAAAGGUUGCAUGGAGAGCAUAAUCUAUAAUACCAAUAAUAUCACAGAUAUGGCCAGGAGGAAGAAACUAGAGCCUUCUGCUGUGGGAAAUUUAAGCUUUUCGUGUGUGGAGCCCCAUGCAGUGCCUGUCUUUUUCAAUGCUACCAGUUUCCUCCAAGUGCCUGGUCGUCCAAAUCAGGAUGUAUUUUCAGUCAGCUUUCAGUUUCGGACUUGGAAUCCAAAUGGGCUUCUGCUGUUCAGUAACUUUGCUGACGGAUGGGGUACCGUAGAGAUUGACCUGACAGAGGGCAAAGUCAGCGUUCAUAUCAAUGUCACUGGCGUGAAGAAAAAUCAAAUAGACAUAUCUUCAGGUGCUGGACUCAAUGAUGGGCAGUGGCAUGAAGUUCGAUGCUUGGCAAAGGAAAAUUUUGCAGUGCUCACCAUUGAUGGUGAUGAAGCCUCCUCAGUUCGGAGUAACAAUCCUUUGAAAGUUUUGACAGGAGAGAAAUAUGUGUUUGGAGGUUUUCUGCAGCUCGCAUUCCAAGGCUGCAUGCAGCUUAUUCAUGUGGAUGAUCAGCUGGUGGAUUUGCAUGCAGUGGAACAUGGAAAGCUGGGAAGUUUUGCCAAUGUCAGCAUUGAUAUGUGUGCCAUUAUUGAUCGGUGUGUGCCCAACCACUGUGAACAUGGAGGCAAAUGCACCCAAACGUGGGACAGCUUCAGUUGCACCUGUGAUGGAACUAGAUACAGUGGAGCCACAUGCCAUAACUCUAAUUAUGAACUCUCCUGUGAAGCAUAUAAACACUUGGGCAAAGCGACAGGUUCCUACUGGAUAGAUCCAGAUGGCAGUGGUCCAUUGGGACCUUUGAAAGUUUACUGCAAUAUGACAGAGGACAAAGUAUGGACUACUGUGAAUCAUGACUUGCAGGAACACUCCCCCGUGGUAAGCAAGAGGCCUGAGAAGCACACUUUGCUACAGCUUAAUUACAGUGCCACCAUGGAUCAGAUCUCAGCCAUCACCAGUAGCGCCGAGUAUUGUGAGCAGUUCAUUUCCUAUGUCUGUAAACUGUCGAGGCUCCUGAACACCCCAGAAGGCAAUCCAUAUACCUGGUGGAUUGGCCGUGCCAAUGAAAAGCACUACUACUGGGGUGGCUCUGGACCAGGCAUUCAAAAGUGUGCUUGUGGCAUUGAACGCAACUGUACUGAUUCCAGAUACUACUGCAACUGUGAUGCUGAUUCUAAGAAAGAGAGAAGAGAUGCUGGCAUCCUAUCUUACAAAGACCAUCUACCCGUCAGUCAAGUUUUGGUUGGAGAUAUUGAUCGGCCUGGCUCAGAAGCCAAGUUAACUGUGGGCCCUCUGCGAUGUCAUGGAGACCAGAACUACUGGAAUGCAGCAUCAUUCAUUACUCCAUCUUCGUAUCUCCACUUCUCCACCUUCCAGGGGGAAACUAGUGCUGACAUUUCUUUCUACUUCAAAACAUCAGCCCCUGAAGGAGUAUUUCUUGAGAAUCUGGGGAAUACAGAUUUCAUCAAACUUGAGCUAAAAUCUGCAACAGAUGUAUCCUUUUCAUUUGAUGUUGGAAAUGGCCCAGUGGAGAUCAUUGUGAGGUCACUUGGUCCACUCAAUGAUGAUCAGUGGCAUCGGGUCAUUGCUGAACGGAAUGUCAAGGAGGCCAGCCUGCAGGUGGACCAGCUGCCAAAGGAAAUCCGGAAGGCACCCACAGAAGGCCACACCCGAUUAGAACUGUAUAGCCAGCUAUAUGUUGGUGCUGCAGGCGGACAGAAGGGAUUUCUGGGCUGCAUUCGCUCUUUAAGGAUGAAUGGUUUGACUAUGGAUUUAGAAGAGAGGGCAAAAGUCACACCAGGUGUGAAAACUGGUUGCUCAGGCCAUUGCACCAGCUUUGGGAUGUACUGUAAGAAUGGUGGCAAAUGUGUAGAAAAAUACAAUGGAUACUCUUGUGACUGCUCUGGAACAGCAUACGAUGGUCCAUACUGCAAAAAAGAUGUUGGAGCAUUUUUUGAAGAGGGGAUGUGGCUCCGAUAUAAUUUUUCAUCUGCAGAGAAUAAUGUGAAGGACUUAGGUAGCAGAACUCUCUUGAGCUCAAAAGAAACUGAGAACACUAUGUCAGACCUGAACCUGAAUAAAGAAGAGCUUAGUUUUAGCUUCAGCACUAACAAAGCCCCCUGUAUCCUCCUGUAUAUCAGUUCUUACUCCCAGGACUACAUGGCAGUGCUGGUGAAUCCCUCUGGAAACUUACAGAUUCGAUUCAACCUUGGAGGUGCUAAAGAGCCAUAUACUAUUAAUGUGGAUCACAGGAAUGUGUCAAAUGGACAACCGCACAGUGUUAAUAUUACACGGCAAGGAAAGUUUAUAAUUCUCCAGGUGGAUCACUACCCCCCAGUAACCUACACCCUGCCAGGAUCAUCGAGUCUUCAGUUCCACUCACUGAAGUCACUCUUUCUAGGAAAGGUAAUAGAACUUGGAAAGAUUGAUCAAGAGAUUCGCAAAUACAAUACACCAGGAUUCUCAGGCUGCCUGUCUCGAGUACUGUUCAAUCAGAUUGCCCCGCUCAAAGCAGCCUUGAGACCAACCAAUGUCUCCUCUCGCAUCUACACAGAAGGAGAACUUAUAGAAUCCAACUGUGGAGCAAAUCCUCAAACCAUCCAACCAAUGUCUUCUGCAACAGACCCAUGGCAUUCCAAUUCAGGUGCCGAUCUUCCUUACAAUGGUCAAGUGAUAGGAGGUGGUGUUAACAGGAAUUCAGCAAUUAUUGGAGGUGUCAUUGCUGUUGUGAUCUUCACUGUCCUCUGCACCCUGGUGUUCCUCAUUCGCUACAUGUUCCGCCACAAGGGAACCUACCACACCAAUGAAGCCAAGGGGGCAGAAUCUGCUGAGAGUGCUGAUGCAGCCAUUAUGAACAAUGACCCCAAUUUUACUGAAACCAUUGAUGAGAGCAAAAAAGAAUGGCUUAUCUAAAAUUGAUGGUGGGGGGGAAGCAGAUUCUUUCGGAGUAGGGAUUAGGGAAGACUUUUACAGCAAGAAGAGAGAUCUCUUACAGACUCUUGAACACACCUAGUUUUUAAAAAAGGAGAUCAGCACAACUGGAGGAACAAGGGACAAGCAAACACUGAGAUUGGAAGUGGAACAGCAUUUCAAAAAAGUACUUUUUAAUAUUGAUUUGCCGUGGAUUUGCCCUUCUUGUGUCCAUCUAAACCAAGAUCAUAUUUUAAGAGGUUCACCCUUGUGAGUAACCACCUGUCUUCUAUGUCCAUGGCUAGAGGUGUUCAAAAACACCUAUGAUAACAGGGGCCACUUUUUUUAUUUUAUUUUUAGAAGCUCUUUAGAAUGUAAAUACUUGUCUCCUGAGAACAGCCAACCAAUCCUAAAUCCUGAGACCAUUCUUUUCAAGUGUUCUUGCAUACAUAAUUUCUUAGAAAGGAUGUUGUAAUAGCUGGGAUGCGUUCACGUGAUCUUUCAGCGAUUCUUAUUUUAAUGCAUGGUUUAAAAGUUUCAGCUUUGGUGAAUCUACACUAUAAUGGUUUAACAGUCAUCAUUUCUCCCCAGGGAAUCCUGGGAACUAUGGGGGAGGCUAGGAAUUUCAAGAAGUCCCAUCUGAUGUUACUUUGCAUGGGAGCUGCUGGGAGCUCAAUCAUAUCAGGCAUUUGAGGGACCUAUAUCACUAUUUCUUCCCUCAGCAGAUUGCUCCAGUUCCUGGGAGGGGAAAUUCUGACAUCUUAAGGUAUAGGUUCCUCUCGUGUGACUUUGAACUUUGUUACUAAAUGGUACAGAAAAAGGCCAUGCUGCGAUGGCUCCCACAGUGCUAAAGGCAAUGUUUAGCCCUAACAGAUAAUUCUCAGCAGCCUCACAAAAGUACAAUUCCCAAGAUCCUUUGGGGGAAGCCAUGACCAUUUUAAAAGUUUAAAACUGAUAUACAUAUAUACUGUAGUGUAGAUCUGCCCUCAGAGAGCAAGAAACUUGGACUGUCAGAAGCACUUGAGGGAACCCCAUAUUUGCCUGUUUUCAAUAGUCCAUCAAUCUGUGCCUGCACCUUGAAAUCAAUGUCUGCUGAGGGUACACGAUUGUGUAAAGUGCUUAUCAGUAAUGUAAACAAAAUUAAUAUUACCCAUAUUAUCAUCCUUGUAAUUGAGAGAGGAGUAUCAAAGCACAGGAAGCCUUAUUUAAUUUCUUGCUCAAAUCUGAAGGAUUACAUUUAACUCUGUGAUGAGCCUGCUGAUCUGAAGUCAUCCUGCCACAUUUGUUCUGUCUGUGACAUAUUGGCAUAUGUUGUACAUAUGUAGACAUAAGCAUUGUAGUAGGGACUUAGAGCCAGAUUUUACAAGUUUGUUUGCUUCUCUUUCUUAUAUAUAGGCUGCUGCAGAAAUAUUGCUAGUUUCCUCCAACACAUUUGAUCUGGGAGUGUUCCUGUACAACAUGGCAUAUUAUUUAACUCUUUUCCCUUUUAAAUUUCCCAGUGGAACACUCUUGUGAUGGAUAUUUGUGAAGCAGUUUUCUCUCAGGCUAAAAAGCAGAAAUUAAGAUAUUGAAUAGCUGCACAGCCCUGGUGCAUGGUUUUUCUUUAAAGCAGAGAUUCACCAGUCUAUCAUUAUCUCUGUUCAGGAAAUUUGAGAGCAGAUAAGGCAAUAACCAGUGCGUCAGGGAUAAGGGUCAUACAGCAGAAAUUAACACAUCUCCAAAGUGGAGAAAGCUGGAGCCAAUUAAUACACCUUACAUUUAUCUAUGCGCUACAAAGCCACAGUUGUGUGAAAGUGCUGUCAUAGGUCAAAUUUCAUGGCUUGAGGUUUCUUAUGGUGUGAAUGGAGUCCCCACCAGUGGAGUUGUACUUAUCAAAUUAUAACAGAGGCCACUUCUGCACUACAAAUUUUAAUCUGUUUCAGUUUGGUUUAACCAACAGAACUUUUCCAAGAAUCUCAGCAACUGUAGUUCUAUCUCACUCAACUAUAGCUCCCUGGAUUUCUUGGUUGAGUUCUAUGGCAGUUAAACAGGAAAGAAUUUGGCGUAGGUUUAUAUAACGUACGAUCCCCACAUCCUUUGACAGCAACAACCAGUUGCCCAUCCAAUGAUUUUCUUUAGUGGCAGGUGAUUAAAAAAAAAAAGAAUUUCCAUUGUGAUUAAGAAGAUUCUCCACUGACAAAGCCUUAUGGAAAAUUGUACAGUGCACCCUAAUGAAGAUAUGAUUGUAUGGCCUCUUAUGUAUUUUCCAAAAUGAACUACUUCUUGUGAAAA